AUGCUGGAAUCCUGCAGGGCGGCUGACGGACUUCUUCAACCAGGUCGUUGCAGAGAAAAAGAAGCCGGCUGCGUGAACGCUUCUUUAUGCCGACGACGUGAUGCUCGCCAGCGAAGACAAAAGCGAGCUCGAGUCACAGGUGCAGCCCUGGUCCGACUGUCUGACUAUGUUUGGGUUCAGAUCAUCGGACUUGAAUAUGCUUUCCUUUUUUUCUGUGCAUGCUUGGGAGUGAAGGGUCUCCGAGCUGUGCUGAUUGCAACAUGAAUUCGAUUUGCCGUAGCAGCUUUGACAGAGUAUACGGCUCUAGUAAGUAUGGACACAUGGGGCUAUCUGAUUCUUAGUUACCUCCUCUUCCUACUCAUGGACCUAACAUCAGUUUUCGGUGUAAUCUUUGCCAUUUUUGCGAUAAUGCGGGACUUUUCUCCUAGAUGUCAACGUGUUAAUCAGCGGCUUGUAGCUUUCGGAUAUGUUUGCUGCAGCUGCUUGUUUUACUCAGUCUUCACGAUGCAUUUAGCCGAUGGUGAAAAGACGGUGGAAGAAUCCAUUGUCACUUAUUCCAAGUAUUUCUUCAUUGCCAUCGAGAUUUUCAUCUUCGUCUAUGCUUACGGGCAGCACGAGUUUGAGGUAGAUGUCGUUGAAGUGUUAGGCGAAGAAUCAGGUUCCAUAUUCAAUCCGACGUUACUGAUUUUUGCCUAUCGCCAUUCAUUAAUCGCUAUGAUAGCUAUGCAAGCAAUUGAAUGCAAUCGUAUGAGCGGUUGGCUUCAGUUUCGCAACCUCUAUGAGACGGUACCGGAUAAGGUGGAUAGUUCAAGCAUGACCAAAUCUGUCGUCUUUUUGCUUCCCUUAUUCCUACCCCUUAUUGUUUGUGUCUAUCAACUCUCCAUCGUUCCAUCAGAUAUGGUUAGGUGUAGUAUACUUCGGAACGCCUUCCGAUGCAAUAGACUGAGAGUGGUCCAUGAUAUGGCAGGUGACAAUUUGCUUGACCGUACUCCUCCGGAAGAACCUUUGGCUGAAUCUGGAUCUGCUGAUGACAAAACGCUAAAAACUGCUUUGGAAAACGAAGAAGGCCUUUCUUCUGUAACCGGUGACGAAAACACGGCACCAAUAGAGCCGGUGGCGACCGAAGUUGCGCAGAAGACCGCAAUCGAGAAAACCGUUUCUCAUAAGGCCAAGAAAAAAGAAAAGGAGAUCACCGAGAAAAAGUCGUCAUCCAAAGCUCAACAGAGUGAUGAAGACAAAACGCAAAGCAAACUUGGCUCCGUUUUGUCGAAACUUCAAACUUUUUGA